AUGGCGACUCGGAAGGCGGUGGCGAGCGAGUCGGGCUAUGAGGGGGCGCUGCGGGGGAUUGUGCAGGCGCUGCGCGGAUGUGCGGAGAAGCUUCAACAGUCUGAGGAUGCAGUGAGGUUUACUAUUAACUGGGAUAAGAUCCAGUGCCUUCCAGAUGUGGGCCCUGCAUUCCUGUGUAGUGUUCUUCAACAACAUAUAUCUGAUCUGCAGCCUCUUUUAGCUCACCUUCAGUCAUUGUCUACUGGUAAAGGAGAGAAGCGUAUCAGCACAGAAGGUGAUGGAACAAAUAGCUGUACUGCAAAUGUGGGAAAAAAUAUGAAAACCGACCCUGGCAUUACAACUACAUGUAUUUUGGAUAAAGGGGUGUCAGACACCAGUUGUCAUACUGAUCCUGCUGUUGUACAGAUCCAAGCAGGAAAAUCAGAGAUCGACAGAAGGAUAUUGGCAUUCAUGGAGAGAAAGCAAGCAGAGAUCAAUGAAAACAACGUCCGGGAGUUCUGCAACGUUAUUGAUUGUAAUCAAGAAAACAGUUGUGCCCGAACUGAUGCUGUUUUUACCCCCUUUCCUGGAUUCAAGAGCCACAUAAAAGUUUCUAAGGUUGUAAAUGCCUAUGGGCCCCAGACUAGAAGCAGUGGCUCAUCUUCUAGCUCAAGAAUGCAUUCUCUUCAACGGGAUUGUGAAAAUCAGGCUAUAGAAGAGAGACUACACAAUAUUGAAUGCCACAUACAGCUAAAGCCAGGACGACCUGUACCUAUAGACAUAUACCAGAGAAUUAAAAAGCUAGAAGACAGAAUCUUGGAGUUGGAGGGCAUUUCCCCUGAAUAUUUUCAGUCUAUGGAUAUGUCCAAUAAGCGAAAGAAAGUCCUUCCUUCUCCGAGAUAUUCUUUGAUGGAACUUGACCAGAAGAUUAAUGCACUUAGACAGUCACUCCUGCAGAAAAGCAGAAGAGGAAUUUCUUGA